AUGUCGCACAACCAGCAACCCAACAUUCCCGGCGGGCCAGUCUCGUUCAAAAGCAAUCCGCAGCGGCACAAGACACAGAAGUGGGUAAAGGCGCCGACAUACGACUACGAAGGCGACGAAUGGGCUGGGUACGAUGAUGGAUACUACGGCUACGAUGACCCACCACCACCGCCUCAGCCACAAGCACAAGCCCAAGCGCAAGCUCCAUAUCAGCAAGGACGCCCACGAGACCGGACAAACAGCUUCGAUCGUGGCGACGAGGCGCGACAGUUCAGUGCGCCUGCUGCUCCUGCUUCAUCUUCGGCCUUUCCGGUGUAUGAAGAGCCGCGCAGACCCUCGCACGACUAUGGAGCUGGACCUCGAAGCGCAGCGAGCGGAGCGCGAGGCAGUCAUGACAUGCCGCGCAGCAGAAGCAGACCGCGCGACUUCACCAACCCAGAGCAAGUCCCGCCACCGCUGUCUAUGAGGCCCGGUGCCCCGCCGAUGCCGCAUGCCUCGCCUACACCCAACGAGUGGUUCCCUCCUAGAAAGAGCAGCAUGAGAGGUGGCACGGCAGAAGCUGCCGCACAAGCCGCCGAAGCAAGAGCUAUUGCAGAGAGCGUCACAAAGCCGCCCGUGUCAGCCGACGCGAACAAUCCUGACAAGCCUCUGCCCAUCAUCAGGCCCAGUGACAUUUACAAGCGGAUAGCUGAGCGAAGGGCAUCCGAAGCUGAAGAAGGCGGCAGGCCAUCAAUGGAUACGUUGAACAGCGAGGUGUCACCGAAUCAAGCCCUUGGGCUCGAACCCGUUGCUGAAAGCAGGGAGUCGAGGAUGUUCAUGGAUCAUCAGGUGCCAAAUGUGGACACUGAGAACAGACAGCCCAGCAAUAAUGCUGCCUCUGGCCAGCUUCCAACUCUCCACACAGGUGCUGUAACUUCGGCAUCACAGCCUGGACGAUCAACGCUGACUCCCCGCGAGUAUCGCGACACGAGCCCUACGUUACCUCAGCUGGCGCCUGUAUCUGGCUUUGGUGAUGACUUCGCACGCAUACUUGACGCUGGAUCGGAAGAUACAUCGAGGGCAAUUACAUCACUAAACACAGCUGGACUGUCUGGAUCACAGACCACUUUCAGCUCCCUGCAAAACACGCCCACAGCUACUCGAGCACCAUACGGUACCGAUCCCGCCGCACAAGUUGCAGCAGAACGUCAGCACGAUGUAUCCGUAGAUGCGAUCGCCAACCAAAACUCAGCAGCGCUUCAGCACCAGCCUUCCUCCGGCUUCAGGUCGGCAGUUCAUCAAGCUUUCGACCACGAGGGAGCCACGCCUCUGUCGCGAGACAAUUCCGAGGGGCACGGCAGUACUGGUAUCAACAGGAGCGACACGAGCUCGACAGCUGGUAUCAGUCCUAUCAUGAGCAGAGUGCCGUCUGCAGCUACUGCAAAGUUCCAACAACAGCAGCGUAUGGAAGAGACUGUACCCUCGAUCGCGGAAGAACCAACUUCUGCUCACACGCCUACAGCCUCGAGACCUGGACCUGGACUUCAAGGCCAACACAGGAUCUCUCGCAAGCCGUCUCCGGGAGCUCACAGCCGGACUGCCAGCGGAGAACGUCCUUCAAGCUUCGAGCCUGGAUACCGACGAAGUCUGGAUCCACCGAGUACUGGUACAUCGCCAGCACGAACGCCUGAGCUCGAGACGACUGCAAACAAGCGACUCAGCGCUCCCCUGUCCGCAGUUCCAAUGUCGGACAAUGACGCACCAGACGUGGCGGACCAAGCUGCAGAGAUGCCGGACCCUCAUCUCGAACCUGCCGAGACACCAGCUAGUGAGGUAAGCGAUGUGCGCGACCUCGGAGGACCGGCAGCGUACAAACCGCUUCCUACAGCUACUCGAGGCAGGAGCGACACCAACUACAGUGAACGUGAGGCUGAUCUUGCGGCGGCUGUCAACUCUUCGUCGGACAAAGGUGUUGCCUCGCCGGCAAUCGCAGAGGCGCAGAGAGACAGCCAGAAGCUAUUUCUAGAGACGCACUCUGGCACACCAAACCCGACAUCUCCGCGCUCACCCAAUGCUAGACUUGGGUCACCACUGUCCGGCACACCUGCACAUGGAGGCCGUGCAGAUAGUCCAGCGAAGAGUCGCAGCCGCGUUCGCGAGAUUGCGCACAAGUUCCACCAGAUCCACGAGCAUUCCAGGCGCAACUCGGCUGCGAGUAUCGGCUCGAACAAGUCAAGCUGGAGUCAGUUCAGCACAGAUGCACCAAGGCUGAAACGACAGGGAACAUCGCAGUCGGCGCUUGCUGUUGAGAACCCUGUCGCCGAUCACGAUGCGAGAGAACCCGUGGGGUUCGCAGCGCCUCAGCCACAUCGGCCUGAGUUCGGACGUGAAGAAUCAUUCAGACCCGAUCUGCCCGGUGGGUGGAUCAGUACUGCACCGACUCCCUCUGUCGAGACCCCGCCGCCAAACUCGGAUGCUAGGGCGAUGCAUGAGACUUCACCACUGACGCCAACGAUGCCACAAGGCCUCGAGCGUGCAACGUCUGACGACAACAUCGACCUGACUCCGACUACUAAGAAGCAUCAACUUCGGGAGUUACCUAACAUGCCCUCAUCGGAGGCGGUCCCUACACUACAGAGGGCGACGUCUGACGAGGUAGUUGACCUAUCGCCUACAAGACACUAUGAGCCAGAAGCGCAACCCGCAGCUUUUGCCACGCUGAAGCAACAUGGCGAUCAACUCGGGUCGUCGUUCAUCUCACAGUAUGGCGUCGGCCAUCAAACGCGGGACUUUGCAUCGACCGCCCCUGCAGCUCCUGUUGACCAACCCGAAACGCAAGCCAAGGCCCCAACUGGGGCAAUUUUCAAUCGGCCACAUCUCAUGCGCCUUGACAGUGACAGCACGAAUGCACCGACAAGUGUAGCAUCAUCUGUGGCACCCACGCCUCCCGCGAAGGAUACCCCCAGGCGAACCGCGCCCGGUUCCAGCGCUGCUGCUGGCGGUGAAUACUUCAACUCGGUAGCGCCACUGAGGUUCCAAUCGCGAGAGGCGUCGCCGGAGAAUCAGCAAGGAUCUCUCUCCCCACAACGACCGACUGUACUACCUACACUGUCAACCGAUACUGGCAGCGACGACAUGGACAGCGAUCGCUUGCGCCAUGAGAUCGUGCGCAGCCUUGACCCGGUGAAGAAGGACGAGCUUAAACGCGAGAGCAUCACCGAAGAUGUCGAACGCACGCAAGACGCAUUAGACGCGCCAAGCAACGAGCGCGGAAUGGAACAAGGCAACACACCACUCCCAGCUGUGGAGGCCACUUCUACCCGCCCUGGUCUUCUGGACACCAGGUUCAGCUGGGAGAACAGGAACGGAGUCUUCUCAAGCCAGAAGGCUAUACCAGAGCCAGAGCCUCGCAGCCCGAAGAUCAAGCCUGAAAUGGCGUAUGAGCGUCCUCGUGACAAGGCUCUGCACGUCAUGAAUCCUGAAGACCAAGUCGACUCUCCCGCAGAAGGUAGUGCUCCAGUCCUCAAAGAACCAUCGGCAGCUGAGCAUGAUCUGACGCAUUCUGCUGCGCCUGUUGGCACAAACGACAAUUUGGUUUCACCGAUGACCAGAACUCAAGAGCUCUUAUCACCCGAGACUAACCUGCAGCCGACUGAGACCAACCCCUCUCUGCAAGAUCUGGCGCCGUCGCCGAUCACAGACGACGAGCCUCACUCUCGAAACUUGCCUUCAUACUAUGCUGGUGCUGACGAUGAUACGAGCGGUAGCGAGAUACCACAUGUCCCGGAGAAGAGUCACGAAAAUGCUUCGUCGAUGGCUCCAGGUCCGGAUUCGCCUUCAACGUCAAGACGAAGCGCACCGAUACCGCCAUUCAGGAACAUCCUUGCCAUGAAGACACCUGAAGAGCGCAUUGCUACUUAUAACGAGACGCGAGACACAUUCGCCGGCAUGAACACUGGGCUCGAUGACUGGCUCAGCAAGAUGCUCGAGACGCAUCCUGAGCACGCGAACCUGUCUACAUCUCAUACUGGUUUCAAGCCUCCAGCACUCCAGAGUCCCGGAACAAACACAUUCAAGCGUGGCCACAAACCCAGCCCAAGCUUGGCCAACUUCAAGAACAAGUUUGCGGGCGGUGAUGCACAAAGAAGCACCUCCAUCGGCAGCACAGACGGCACCAGUGCAGCCGACAGCAAGCCUACAAGGAGCACCCUGGGCGAUGGCAAGGGCGUCGACAUGGAAGAAGUCAAAGCCAAAGGCAAAGAGUUCAUGAAGAACGCCAACGUCCUCGGCGGCAAAGCCAGUCAAGGCGCCAAAAGCUGGUUCAACAAGUCCAAGAGCCGGCUUGCCAGUGGAAGUGGCAGUGUUCGCGGCGGCAAGAACGAGGCUUCUUCACCCCUCGUCAAGUCGAGCACUCCUGCUCAGGCGUCGCCUCUCAAAUCUCGUACGCAGCAGUCGAGCCAGUCGAUGCCUGCUGCAUCGACGGUACCUGAUGUGCCAGCUGCGGUUGCGUAUAGCAAUGUUGUUCCCAUCUCAACACCGAUGCGUCAGGACGCUAUACCGAAGGAUCCCACAUCGGCCAGAGCAGCUACGGGGCAUCUCGAUCAGCCAGAGACACGACCAGCCACUGGAGAAGUGCAAGCAAGCACUACAAUUCAGCUUCCCGAAAUUCGUACGCCUCCAGCGCCUGGCACAUCAGAUUUAUCGACAAAUGAGACCAGGCAACAUCGAACUACCGAAGAUGAAACACACAGCAAUGAGGUAUCAAGGAGUCAGCGCGAUGCUAGUGUUCGAGCUGGUGGCCGUGACACGCCGAUGAACGACCUCGUAGCCCACGAUGAAUCGAGAGAUGACAGCUUCGUGAGUGCUGAGCAGGAUCAUGUAGUGAGCGGUCCUGUACCCGUCGAUGCUGUGGGUGAGGAACAAAAUGCGACUCACGACUCACGCGCGAUUCAGGCUGCUACCAGAAACUCAUUAUCUGCGCAAGAAGCCGACGCUGGAACAAGCUCUCCUGCAGCAAGGAACAUUGCACAUGAGCCCGUUAAUAUAUCCACGGCAAUGCACGAUCCCGAUGCAGGGAGGACCUCACCUCUGCAGGAAUCUGCACCUCUCGCGCUGACGAGGACCCGAAGUCCGGAAUUGGCUCCCGCGCGGAUGGCUGCCGCAGAGUUUGAAGGUUUCGGCAACGCCACCAUGAGCAGCCCAGCGGUGUCAGCCACGCUCGUAUCGCCGUCUAUCCCAAAUACUUUGCCCGCUGGCCUCACGUCGCCGACACCUCACUCGCUCUCACGGCAGACCUCGCGUUCGAGCCCGUUUCGCAAGAGAGAUCGAUCGCAGACUCCGUCCAGUACUCGUACGGGGGCAAGUGGAAGGCCGAUUAGUCAGGCUUUUGGACGACUCAAAGAUAAGGCCAGAUCCAUGAGUCGGUCAUCGACCCGAUCUGCUCGCAGUCGACCGGCUAGUUUGGCUCUUUCCAACCCGAAUCUUGUCGGACAGAGACAUGAAGAUCAAGUCGCACCAGAUGGCUCCGCUACCGCCACUGCUGACUUCGCGCUCAAUGACUUAUCCGACGUCGCUGUGCGGCCAGGCAUGGGCGACCACACGCAUAUGGAAUCGAGCUACUCUGGCGUGAAUGCCCCGGACACAGAGCAGAGAGCCGCCAACGAGGAGCAGAAGCGACCAGACCCCAACCCACAGCGAACUCGAACGUCGAGAGUCAUGUCAAUGGCCUCACCAGAUCGCACGGAAGCCUGGAAUGAACCCGACGCAACGAUCCCGCCCAAGACGCCGACGAAGGAGCAGGCGGAGAGUCCGCGAAGGCUGGGUGUGCUGCCUAGUCCUGCGCCUACGACGGCGACGUUUGAGGGUGAUAGAAGGGCGUCGCUAGAAGUGGCGAAGCGGCGAAGCAGUGCUGCGCCGUUUAUGGGAAGGCAGAGCGGCGAGUUUGGGGUUGAACUGUUUCCUGUGCCCAGUGCUGAUAGUCGUGAGGAGGAGAGGGCUGGACGGAGUGGGCAGCCUGAUGAGGUUGUGUUCGGCAGUCCUGGAAACAAGCCAGCGUCGACGGUCGAUCAGGCCGCAAAACCACAAUCUCAAGUGGAAGGAACUACAACAUCGAGCCUAGCGCAAGAAUCGACCCAAGCCUUGUAUGAAGGAACAGACUAUCCCAGCGACAAAGAAGAUGACAGCCGUCCGGCUGAUCGACAUCGAAAGUACGCUGGUCUCGGCAGAGUGAUUGCUGCAGCGAGCGGAUCGCCGCGACCAGGACCACACCAGCGUAAAUUUAGUGACAUUGAGCUUUUGCCAAGCCAGCGGCGAAACUCGGAGUUUAACGGCGGAAGGCCGGACAGUAUGGCGCUCGCACCGCUUACGAUACCUAGCAGCGAAAGCGUCAGUGCGAGGGAAGAUGUGUAUCAAGUCAGUCCGGUGACGAUUGCGUCGGCGAAACCACAAGUCGCUUCGCCUUUGCAGCAGAAGUCGCCCGCUGCGGGAAGAGUGCCUUGGUCAGGAACUGGCGAUAAGUAUGACAUUAGUGGUGUACAUCGCGCUUUGAGUACCGGCCACGAGAAAGCGAUCGAGAAGAUGGAACGCGAGAUUCGAGAAGCUGCUGCUUCUCCUGCCGCUGCAGAGGUACCCGUGGCAGCCAUGAAGGUGAAGGCUAAGGACGAUGACGCCAGGAGUGAGAUUUCUGCAGAAGGUGGCGACCCGGACAGCUACCAUAAUACUACAAGCCCUUCCAGACAUUCGUCUGUGUCGAGCCUAGGAGCACAAGACAGAGGAGUGGCUUUGGAGCAACCAGCCAUGUCAGCACAGACUGUACCGGCAGGACCGAUUAGUGGAUCUUUGACGACAUCGCAGAGUCAACCUGCGAAUAGUGAUGUGGAUGCUGCGCAGCAAACACAGCCUGUGUCGACUGGUUUGACACCUGUGAAAUUCCAGCAGCGAUUUGCCAAUCGACAGUACGCAGACCGGCGGCCGUUCCUGUGCGAGCGUCCAUUGUCAUAUAUGCCUGGGCCAAAGGAUUCUAGCGGAGUGCCACAAGAGGAGAUCUCCACUGGGAUUGAGCAACAACCUGAGAUCCCGGUUGAUGUCAGCGCACUUAGUGGGCCACCAACUGGGACUCCUCCAUUUCAGCAGCAUCCGGUGUUCCGCAAUAGUGCUGUCGUCCAGCCGACAGAGUAUGAGAGGCUUCGCCACAGCAGACAACUGAGUGGCGAUGUCUUUGGCGGGUCUGUGCCACCUAGUAAGGUCACGGAUCAGCACAUGCUCAUGGGCCUGGAGGAUGUGCAUGAGUAUGGCACUGUGGGCUCUGAGCUUCAGAGGAAUGAUCAGCAGCAGCAGGAACAGAAGCAGACACGACGACGCUCUGGCAUUUGGGAAGCUCUUUCUUCAAGGCGGUCUUCUAGGAUUGAUAAGGUGGAUUCUAGCAGAGAGAGCUCCUUGACACCACUUCCACCAAGCUAUGUGGUGCAAGCUGAACAGUCGUAUCAAGUUACGGAAGAAACUUCGAAGCCGAAUACGCUGCGUAAGGUCCAGCGCGCUGAAUCUAGUGUUGAUCCUAAGAAGAAGCGGUUUUCGAGGCUUGGGUCGCUCUUUGGGAGGUCGAAUACUUCUGCUGGUGACAGCAAGAAGGCGAAUCUCCUUACGAAGAACGCUCCGCCGAGUAGAGAGGACAGUCUUCGAGCACAGACUCCUCCAACUUUUCGCCAGGGUAGUGGCACGGUGGUCAGGAAUGUACCUCCAGCGAACAGCAGCUCAGUCACAGGCAGUGUGCGAGGCUAUGAAGCGUACGAAGCUAGGCGGAGACAGGAUCUGCCGGCUUUCCAAGCAAAUGCCGCUCACAUGCGCAGUGUGUCUGAGACGGCUCAGCAGCAGGAACGGACGUUCUCACCAGGACCACCGCCCGGUGCGACCGGUGCUGUGCAGCCUCCUCCAGAAGGACGGUAUGGUCUAAGCUCAGCACCACAGCCUCGUGCACCACUACCACCAGAGUUUCGAAGACUGCAUAGUUCUGGCAACAGCCCAGGACGAGGACAGCCGCUUGCGAGAGUCCCAGAAGCUUUCAGGCCUGUUGAUGCAAGCUUCAAUCGAUCUGUCGAGCCUAUUGGUCCUCCGCCUGGUGGUAGUCGGCCGCCGACGUUUAGGAAUUUCUCGAGCUCGAAUGUACAGGAGCAGAUUCCUGUUAGUGGGCAGGGAGCGUAUAGUGGGCCGACGCCGAGUGCGUAUAUGGAGCGUAUGAUGGAUCCGAAUCGAGUGAGGCAGAUGUCGAUUGGGUCUGAGGUGUCGCAGAUGUCGCCACAGACGGCCAGGCCGUUUGGGUCGGAUGGGUCUAUCGCUAUCUCGCCGAUUCAGACUCGGGAUACUGGACCGGUCUAUGGAGUUCCGCGUGAGAAUCGGGUUGGCUCUCUUGGGGAGGAGAUGGCACGGAGUCCAGCGAAGGAGUACCAUGAUCAACAGACUCCGUGGUCUAUCGAUAUGCCUCGCGCACGACAAGAUGGAAGACGAAUGUCCGGCGCUGAGUACAAUGUCGAGCAGGACUACGACGUUACUGGUGCACCACAGCUCGAGUCAGGAAGAGCACCACAGUACCAUCAAGCAAGAGCUUUACAGCCACAGUCACGAUUACCAUACACACCGUCUGGUCAACUCGGCCCUCCAAGACCGAUCCCAUGGGAAGACGAACAACCAAUCCGGCAACAAUACAUCGGUGGAGACGGCCCGUAUCCUUCCUCACCGGGCGCAUACGCACCACCACAAACGCGAAAUCCGCAGUACGCAGGUCAACAGUACAAUCCACAACAACAACGACAACUUCUACAGUCUUUACCACCGAACCAGCAAUCGUUACCACAGCAGAACCGCUACUACGCUUCAGCCCAGCCACAACAACAACAGCAGCAGCAGCAAUCUUAUCAUCCGCACGCGCAACCACGAGCGUUUGGGGGAACCAGAGGAGGCAGACCACCGAGUAGUGGGAGAUGGCCUUCGAGCGGGUAUAGUGGACGCAGAGAUGAUCCGACGGUGGGCGAGGAGGAGUUGAUUAUGAGGGGUGCUAGUUACCCGGGGCAGGAGUGGGAUCCGAGGGCUGGGGGUGGGGCGUAUUAA